CGUGUUAAAAUAUUGAAACAGAAAGCAUCAAAGAAGAAUAUUAAAGACGUUUUGAAAAAAAAAAAAAAAACGCUACAAGAAAAUAUAGUCGAAAAGAAAAAAUAGAUAAAUAAAUCUAACAUAAUUAAAAAUAAAAUAUACUUUAACGGGAAGAAAAGGCUUUUUACACUGAAAUUUUAUCACCUUUUAAAUUGAUUUCAUUGUUUGUUAAGAAAAAAAAGAAAAUGGAUGUGGAAGGUUUCCGGAAAUACGGCAAAGAAGUGAUUGAUUAUAUUUGUGAUUAUUCCAAAAAUAUCGAACAACGUAAUGUGGCUCCAACAUUAGACCCUGGAUAUUUAAAACAGUUAUUACCAGCGGAAGCUCCUUUAAAAGCAGAGAAAUUCGAAGAUAUUUUAAACGAUUUCGAACAAAAAAUUAUGCCUGGUGUUGUACACUGGAAUCAUCCGAAAUUUUUUGCCUACUUCCCAUCGGGCAAUUCGUUUCCUUCGAUUUUAGGUGAUAUGUUAAGUAGUGCUAUCGGGUCUAUUUGUUUUUCAUGGGCUGCAUGUCCGGCCGCCACAGAAUUGGAAACUAUAGUUAUGGACUGGUAUGCGAAAGCAUUAGGUUUACCAAAGGCUUUUAUUAGCAGUGCAUCCGCCGGUCACGGGGGUGGGGCGUUGCAAGGCUCUGCGUCAGAAUGUACUCUCGUGUGCAUGAUCACAGCUCGUUCAAGAGCGAUAAACAAAUUAAAAGGCUCCACAACCGAAAUACAUGAUAGCGUGUUCUUACCUCAGCUUAUAGCCUAUGCCAGCAAAGAGGCUCACUCAUCUGUUGAAAAAGCAGCCAAAAUGGCUUUAGUCAAAUUGCGUAUAAUUGAAGCAGAUUCGCGUGGACGCAUGCGUGUAGAUCUUUUGCGACAAUCUAUACAAAAUGACAUCAGCGCGGGACUAACACCGUUUUUUGUGGUGGCAACCGUGGGCACAACGGGAGCAUGUGCUUUUGAUAAUCUUACCGAAAUCGGUAAAGUUUGCAAACAGAUAUCAAGCAUAUGGUUUCAUGUAGACGGUGCCUACGCUGGCAAUUCGUUUAUAUUACCUGAAAUGCGUGAAUUUUCCAAGGGACUGGAAUACGCUGACUCGUUUAACACAAAUCCUAAUAAGUUUCUCUUAACGAAUUUUGAUGCAUCCGCAAUGUGGGUCCGAGAUAUUAUGUCUUUGAAGAGGGCUUUAAACGUAAACCCGCUUUAUUUGCAACACGAUCAUGAAAUGGCAAUUGACUAUAGACAUUAUGGAAUUCCAUUGAGCAGAAGAUUCAGGGCUUUGAAAUUGUGGUUUGUUAUUAGAACGUAUGGACUUAGCGGUCUUAGGGCCUACGUAAGAAAUCACAUAGCCUUAGCUAAGAAAUUCGAAGCUUUAGUGAGAAGAGAUGAUCGCUUUGAGGUGCGGAAUGAUGUCUUUUUGGGUUUGGUGUGUUUUCGUAUGAGAUCUGCCGAUCAAUACAAUCAAGAACUGUUAGCGCAUAUUAAUCAAUCGGGUAAAAUGCAUAUGAUACCCUCAAUGGUUAAUGGCAAAUAUGUUAUACGUUUUUGUGUUACCUACGAACAUGCGACGGAGAAACAUAUAAGUGAUGCAUGGAACGAAAUAAAAACAUUUGCUGAAGAUAUUUUGAGAGAUAUAGCAUUGGAAAAAGCGUCAUUACCGCCUACACCCGAAAAAGAGAAAACUCAGUCUGAAUCUCAAAUAAUUACCUGCAAACCGCCAAUCAAGAAAAGGCUGUCGCGCACCAAAUCAUUGCGAUUCUCUUUUACCCGCAGCAUAUCCAGAGACAUUUUCGAAUCACAAUGUGAACACCUUAAAGAUGGAUGUGCACCCAUUCUUGUGGUCGACGCAGAUUUGGCAAUGGAAACUAUUUUAAAAGUUUCUACAGAAAACGACAAAAACCAUCUGAAAGGCAUUACAGAUGAAGAUACGGACGAAGCAAGCAAUUAACUUUAAUUAAUAAUCGUAA